UCUUAAUCAUCCCCAUAUAAGGGACAAGACCAUAACCCACAAAUUCCAAGGUUCUUUGAUCAUUCUUUUAUCUUUCAAGCAAAUAGCUUAAUCAGCUUCUUCGGUGACAUCCGUAGUUUCCCCAAUUUUCAACUUUUAGGGUUUUUUCUGAGUUUUCUUAAUCUAUUUGAAGUAAAGAUUCUAAUAUUCCUUCAUUUUGCCGAUGGUCUUCAAGCCUUGUCGUUCUGACUACUGAGUUUGUAGUACAUCCGAGAUCUCUGGACCUCCGAGAUCUCUGGAUAACGGAAUCAAAUGCUAGGUUCUGGAACUUUUCAUCGAGUACAAGUAGACAUGCAGGAGCAAAUUCAUCAUCUUGAAAAGGAAGCCUAUUACGCUGUUCUUCUAGCCUUUAAAGCUCAAUCUCAUGCACUUACUUGGGAUAAAGAAAGUUUGAUGACAGAACUCAGAAAAGAGUUGAGAGUUUCAGUUGAUGAACACAGAGAGGUACUCUCGAGAGUUAAUAAUGCUGAAGUGAUAUGCAGAAUCAUGGAAUGGAGAAACGGUGGUGGCCACCAGGCUAUGAUUACAUCACAUCCUACCAAUGAUGUGUCUAGUCUAACCUAUGCUUCUCGCAAGAAGCAGCGAACAAUACAAUCUUUUCCAACUCAUGGAGCACCACCUUCAGCUGGAGCUAUUAGUUCGCGACCUCGAGGCGGAAAAACUAGACAGUUCCCUUAUAAUGACCAUGCUUUACAUGGAACUAUUAUGUCUGGAAGUGGUGAAGACCUGGUAGGAAAGAAAAUAAUGAUCAGAUGGCCUGAUGACAACCAUUUCUGUGAGGCUUUAAUUUCUCGAUACAAUCCAUCUGAUGGUCGACAUGCAUUAUUGUAUAAUAUUCAUACACCAAAAGAAUCUUUUGAGUGGGUUGAUUUUAAGGAGAUGCCUUUUGAGGAUUUCCGAUGGGUGAAUGAAGAGACUGUAUUAUCAGAUAGAGGUGGUCCCAGAGAAAAGAGAUCCUUGAACCAUGCUACUCUUCCUGGUAUUGUAAGAAAACAAUGUAAUAGUGAAAUUCAGAAUGACACUAGAAACGUGACAGAUGAUAUUGAAAUUCUACAUACUGAUACAUUGAUUAAAAAGGUCGAAAAGGUGGUGGUUGCACCUAAUCCUGAUUGUUUUGAAAUUGAAAAGGCGAAGCAAAUGUUGAAGGAGCACGAGCAAGCACUUAUUGAUGCAAUUUCAAGACUUUCUCGCAUAUCGGAUGCUGAUAUUAACGGUAACCCACUCCAUAGAAUAUCUGAUGGUGAUUGUGAUAACAACUAACAGGCUCCUGUAUAACAUUGGAGUUCUCUAAGUUAGUUUGACUGAAAACCGUCCUCCUUAACCUGAUAAAAUUUGAUGGCACCAACACUAAAAUACUUAACUUCAGGUCAUAGUAGCUCGAAAAAUAUAAGCUUGCUCAUUUUUGCUAGUCAUAUCAGCAGUAAACUGUCGACCAUGUUCAGGGCUACUGUAAUGUACUUCAAUACAUUGUGGUUGUUUCGGACCAUGACGGUUUCGCGGUUCAGCCUAAAAAGCGGCAUCAUGACGGUUUAGCGGUUCAGCCUAAAAAGCAGCAUGGCAAAUUGGCGUUGCUUGGCUCAAUGUCGGUCGAGUUGAGUUGAGGCUCAUUAGUCUAUUGUGAAAUGUGUUAUGUUUUUGCUUGGCUCCAUUUUCAUCGUUUAGCUUCAAUUUUCUUUGAUGUGCAUGUCCUUACAAAACUGAUUAAAAUUCGAACUUCAACCAGAUGGAGAUCAACAAUACUAGAGUCUCAAUAUCUGAUUGCAUCCGGAGCUUAGCGAAAAGGUAAAACACAAGAGACGAACACAAAAUCACCGCUACUAACUUCAUGAAUUGUUUGACGUUCAUCGAUUGACUUGAUGUUGGUUAUUGUACGUGCUACGAAUCAGAUGCACUGCACUUGGCAAGUCGUUAAUUAAAUCGACAGAGUAAUGAUUAGUUUUUGUAAAAAUAGGUUUGUAAAAAUGGAUAUUUGAUCUUUUGUUGAAUAGAUGCAUUUGAUUGAUUAUUAUGAUCAAGAUAGUCUGUGCUUCUCAGUUCAAA